AUGCGAGUACCACACCGCAAGCUGACCCUUCCAGUGCUACUACAGUCCUGCGCAGCUGGGCCAAGUCAACACUCCGCUGAGACAGGUCAGACUGUUCUCGAUGGCGAUGCUAAUAACUAUGAACCCCAAUUCUUUGCCGGGGAACCAGAGCCCCGACCUAUGACCCAAAGAGUCGAGAAAGCCUGGAAUACCCUCCGUACCUCCAAACCUGCAAUUUCGCAAACAGAAAAAUCAACAGGCCUCCUCGGAACAGCCAUAUACUACGGCCGCCAAACAUUCCGCCUCCUCUUCCUAAACGGCCCAACAACCGAUAAACCCCACCGGAAACUCGACGAAAAUGUUGCCAGCGCCGUGGCCGAGCUGCGCGCCGCAGCAGAUGAAGACCACGACGCAGACGCGAUGUUCCUCCUGGCCGAGAUGAAUUUCUACGGUAACUUCUCCCACCCGCGCGACUUUAAAGAAGCCUUCCACUGGUACCACGAUCUCGCCUGGCUGGAUGGGAAUAAUACCGCUCAGAAUAUGGUUGGGUUCAUGUAUGCCACGGGCAUUGGUGGUGCCGUUGAACGGGACCAGGCCAAGGCUCUUAUGUAUCAUGAAUUUGCUGCUGAGACGGGGAAUACACGCUCUGAGAUGACGCUCGCUUACCGGUAUCACACUGGUAUUGGUACGCCGAAGGAUUGUGACCAUGCGCUUGUUUAUUACAAGCGUGUUGCCGAUAAGGCUGUAGAGUUUUACCGCUCUGGUCCGCCUGGUGGAAGUGCACUUAUUCGUGACUCUUAUCGUUGGGCUGAGGAGGAGGGUGGUGUUUACGGGGCGGGUGCUAGUGUAUCGAGUUCUGGGCAGAAUGCCCGUGACGCUGCUCAGGCCAGCCCUGAGGCGAGUGUUGAGGAUAUCCUUGAGUAUUUGGAUCUUAUGUCCAGGAAGGGUGAGCUGAAGGCUACUUAUACCCUCGGCAAGAUGAACUUUGAGGGCGCUAGGGGCUUGCCGCGCAAUUUCCGUCGUGCUAUGAGGUAUUUCAAGGUUGUUACUAAGAAAUAUUGGAAUAAGGAUGGGACUGUCAAUCAGAACGCUCCGGCUGGGCUUGAUAAGCUAGCUUCGAAAGCGGCUGGGCAUAUUGGUUUGAUGUAUCUCCGUGGAGAGGGAGUUGAGCAGAACUACGGCACUGCUCUCACUUGGUUCCGUCGUGGCGUUGUCAACGGUGACUCUUUGUGCCAGCAUUGGAUGGGCUUGGUGUAUCUCAAUGGAUACGGCGUGCCCCAGGAUGGCUUCAAGGCCGCCAAUUACUUCAAGGCUGCGGCCGACCAGGAUCUCCCGGCGUCAGAAUCGCGACUGGGUGCAUUGUUCCUCGAUCAGGGCGAUGUGGCUACUGCCACGCGUUACUUCGAGCUUGCCGCCCGCUGGGGGUGGAUGGAAGCCUAUUACUACCUGGCAGAGAUGGCGAACUUCGGUGUCGGCAGACAACGGCACUGCGGCGUGGCCGCUGCCUAUUACAAGAUGGUCGCAGAAAAGGCAGAGAUCAUUCACUCGGCCUUUGUAGAGUCGAACUCUGCCUACGAGUCGGGUGACAAGGAGGGUGCUCUCAUCCCGGCGAUGAUGGCGGCUGAGCAGGGCUACGAGAAUGCCCAGGCAAAUGUUGCUUACCUGCUUGAUGAGCAGCAGUCCUUGCUCUCGCUCAAUUCCAUUCUCCCAUGGGCUGAGAAGAACCGACCCUCAUUGCUGCGCAAUGCAGCUCUGGCUUUGAUCUACUGGACCCGAUCCUCGAAGCAGGCUAACAUCGACUCGUUGGUCAAGAUGGGUGACUACUACCUGUCCGGUACAGGUACCGUUGUCGACGCGGAAAAAGCAUCAGCUUGCUAUCACAAUGCCGCCGAAGCACAUCACAGUGCACAGGGCUACUGGAAUCUGGGCUGGAUGCACGAGAACGGCGUAGCGGUGGAUCAGGACUUCCACAUGGCCAAGCGUUACUAUGAUUUGGCCCUCGAUGUUAGUCCUGAAUCAUAUCUGCCAGUCAAGCUCAGCCUGCUCAAGCUUCGAGUCCGAGGAUACUGGAAUCACAUCACCAAUGGAAAUAUCAACCCCAUCCGCGACGAGGAGGACUCGAGAACUCCUCGCACUUUCAAGGAAUGGAUCACUGCUUUUAUUCACAAUGACGAGGAAAGCUACUACGACGAGCUUUACGAACAGCGCGGAGAGGACGAUGAAUACCGCGGCCUUGAUGCUGAUAGUCACGAGGAUGGCUACUAUGAUGAUCUGGAUCUCGACAUUGACGAAGGAAUGCUAGAGGGUCUACUCAUUGUCGGAUUGGCUGCUACGCUCUUGGUGCUGGUGUAUGUUCGUCAACAGCAGCAGCAGCGUAACCAGCAGAACGAGAAUGCCAACGCCAACGCCAACGCUAAUGUCAACGUCAACGCCAAUGCCCAAGGCAAUGGAGACCGUGGCUUUUUCCCACGUCCUGGAGAUCCAGAAUUCGGGCAGUGGGUGGCAGGAGGAGUUGGGCAUUGA